AUGUGGCAGCUUCACAACGUGCGCUUGCCGCCGCGGAGGUUGUGUGACGCAAAGCCGUUGAUGUCACCAUUACAGGGGGGGUACACGCGAGGUGACGCGUGUCACUCUUCUUUUGCAGGUGGCGGACACGAAGACGCGUCGGAGUCGGAGCCAAACUCGCAGGCGUCAUUGCAGGCCUGCUUUGUCGCACCGCAGCCAUGCACGUCAUCCUCACCGGUUGAAGCGGCGUCGCAGGAAUCGCUGCAACCGCAGAAGCAGCCGCCGCAAGAGCAGCAACAACUUGUCAUUCGACAGGAAGACAUACGGGACGAGGACUUUCAGCGGCUAGAGGUGUUGGGUGAUGGUUCAUACUCUGUUGUGGUUGCCGCCCGUCAUUUGCCGACCCAGCAGCUGGUUGCACUGAAGGAACUCUCGCGACGACGCCUGAAGGAGUUGGAGCUGGAGAAUCAGUUGCAGUGGGAGAUCAACGUUCACCGUACGCUGCGCCAUCCCAACGUGGUCAGGAUGCUGAGCUACUACGUCACCCCACAGAACGUUGUGCUGGUGCUGGAGUUGUGUCCCUGUGGGACGCUUCUGCAGAAGCUGAGGGCAAUGCCGCAAGGAAGGUUUGAUGAACGACGGGCGUCGCGGUAUGUGCGACAGGCCGCACGGGCGCUAGCGUAUCUGCACGGACAUGGCAUUGCCCACCGCGACUUGAAACUAGAGAACGUUUUUUUAGAUGCGCGGGGUGUGGCAAGGCUGGGAGAUUUUGGGUGGAGUAAGGCCGUUGAGGAGCCGACGGUGAAGCACGACCCCGCCCCUCAUUCGGACAACUGCGGCACUACCUCACACAGUGCGGGCGGCGAUGAUGCGAAUGUGUGUGGUGGCGGCGGCCGGCUAACGGUGUGUGGCACGCUGGACUAUUUGUCCCCGGAAAUGCUGUCUGGCAUGCCUCACACCUUUAAGACUGAUGUGUGGUCUCUUGGUGUCAUGCUCGCGGAGAUGCUCACCGGCGCGCCCCCCUUUUACUGCGUGUCACACCAGGGCACCCUCGACGCAAUUCGCGAGGCGGACCCUCACUUGGGCGACGACGUUCAUAUCUCAUCACUGGCCCGUGAAUUGGUGCUGACAAUGCUGCAGAAGGACCCGGACGCGCGUCCAACAAUGGCAGAGGUGCUGCAACACCCAUGGACGAGACCACACCGGGAGAAGGCGAAGUAA